UCCCAAAAAUAGAAAAGCCAGACUUGAUAUGGCCUUCCGGGUCUCAACCGAAGACCUUAAGGCUUAAAUUUGGCUCCUUUUUGGCAUAGAGCCCAUAACUUUAUAUUUAUGUUUUGCUCUCUUUUGAGACUUGAGAGAGAAACUAUAAAACCCUCUUCUCCUUUCCUUUCUUCUCUUCUGAUGAGCUGCUGCUUCUGCAAAGAACAAAAGCAGUAAGAUCAAAGAGAAUGGGAGUGAUAAAAGAAGGAAAAGUGAGUGGAUUGAUACCAAGCAAAGAGGGUUUUGCAGUUCAUUAUCCAGGCUAUCCUUCUUCAAUAUCUCGGGCUAUCCAAACUCUCGGAGGAACUGAAUCAAUUCUUAAGGCUCGUAGUUCACAAUCUAAUAAGUUGGAACUGUAUUUUCGCCCAGAGGAUCCAUACUCGCAUCCUGUGUCAGGAGAGCUUCGGUCUUGUCACAGUAUCUUGCUGAAAAUAGCUAGAAAGAAGAAGAAUUCUAGUCCCAUUAAUGAUGCAAAGGAAGAAUCAGAGGAGUUUCAUGCUGAUAUUGUUGCUAGAAUACCAGAGGCUUAUUACUUUGAGGGAAUGGCUGACUACCAGCAUGUUGUUCCAGUUCAUGCUGAUAUUGCCAGGAGGAAGAGGAAGAAUCCUAGUGAGAUGGAGGAACCACAUUUUCAAAAAAAACCCGGUCUAAUUGAUAUGGGUCCCGAGGAUGUGAUGAUGCUGUCGCCUCCACUUUUUUCACUCAAAGAUGUGCCAGAAAAUAUAGUGUUAAGACCACCAUCAACAUCAAGUUCAAAAAAGAAACAAGAUGAACCUCCAGAAACCCAUUCAAAGAUGACCUUUGAGCCAGCACUUGGUAUUGAUUUUAAAGAUGUUCAAGAGAUUCCUAAGAAAAUAAAUUGGAAGGAAUUCAUAACAGAAGGUACACCAAUGUGGGAGUGGCAGAUAGCUGUAUCUGAGCUGUUUGACGAGCGGCCCAUAUGGCCCAAAUACUCAUUGAUUGAACGCCUACUUGAUAAAAAUCUUAAAUUUACAUAUCAAACGCUUAAAAGGCUUCUGCUCACAGUUGGAUACUACUUUUCAGGCGGACCAUUUCAGAAGUUCUGGAUCAGAAAAGGAUAUGAUCCUCGCAAAGAUCCUGAUUCUCGCAUAUAUCAAAGCGUUGCUUUUCGAGUACCACCUGAAUUAAAAAGUUACUGUGAUGAUAAUGCUGCUAAAGGCUUGAAGCAUAGAUGGGAGGAUUUGUGCAAAUUUCGAUUUUUUCCUUACAGAAACCAGUAUUCGAUCCAGCUGUAUGAACUCCAUGAUGAUUACAUUCAACAAGAGAUACAAAAGCCUCCAAAGCAGACAAGUUGCACUUAUGAAACAGGAUGGUUCUCACAGCAUGUGCAUGAUAGCUUGAGACUUUGUGUUAAGGUGAGGUUCCUUUCAAUAUUCCCAGAGACUGGCGCAGAAAAAUUUCUUAAAGCUGCUUCUGAAAAAUUUAUGAAGUCAAAGAGAGCAUGCAUCUACAAAGAUGCACCAAAACCAGUUCAGGAGGAGCAUCAGCAAAUUAAUGAAGAUCAUGAAACCUUACAAAACGAUACAGAUGCUGUAGAUGAAGCUAUUGAAAAUCAGAUCGACACUGAUGAUGUUGAGGUGGAUGAACUCGAUUCUGAUGAUGGCGAAGAGGAGUUUGAUGUAUAUGGAAUGGAUUCGGCGGGUGAGGCAGAUAAUCUUUCGAUGAAUUCAUAUUCACAUAUGGAGAACACCUCCACAAGCUAUCUGCAACAACUCUUGGGCAGUUUUCCAUCGAUGGACACCAAUGGUGACAAAAAGCAAGAUGGUGGUGAAAGUAGUGACGGGGAAUAUCAGAUAUAUGAGCAGGAUGACGAUGAAAAUUACCUUGAUGACGAUGAUGACUGACCUAAUCUACA